AUGACACUUCCAGUGCUUGCGAAGAAAAUGAAGAAGCUUGCUUCACUGCAAUUCUUCAAUCUGAAAUUGUUGCUGAAUGGAGAAUCCAGUCGUGGCUUUUCGAAAUUCAAGAAGAAUUACAAACUGAAAGCUGAGCUGGGUAGAGGAGGAUUUGGAGUGGUAUACAGAGCUGUCAGAACUUCUGAUAACACUUUGGUAGCUGUCAAAUUCAUCGAAAGAAGCAAUGUAAAAGAAUGGGCAAGAAUCAAUGGAGAACAAGUUCCAAUGGAAAUUUGUAUGCUCGCCAAAUGCUCCAAAAUCCGUGGUGUGAUCCGUCUCCUUGACUGGUACAGUAUCCCAGAAGGUUUCCUGAUUGUUAUGGAACGCCCUUAUCCAUGCAUUGAUAUGUUUGAUUUCAUCAAAGGACAAGGCAAAAUUAGCGAAGAGAUGGCGCAUUUCUUGUUCCGUCAAAUCACAGUGACAGUCCAUGAAUGCGUUCAGAAUCGAGUUCUUCACAGAGACUUAAAGGAUGAAAAUGUAGUCAUUGAUUUGGUCACAGGAUCAACGAAACUGAUUGAUUUCGGUGCAGCUACCGUACUUCGGCGGAGUCAAUAUUCGGAUUUCCAAGGAACACGACUGUAUUGUCCACCGGAAUGGUUCUUACAUUCUCUCUAUUUGGGACGAGAAGCCGCUGUGUGGUCGUUGGGUGUACUAUUGUAUAACUCACUCAACGGCCGACUGCCAUUCCGGAAUGAAAAAGAUAUUUGCACCGCCCAUCUAUUGGGGCCUCUUCCGUUCUUUGUUCCAGUCAGUUCUGAAGUCAAGGAUCUUAUUAGCAAGUGUCUGACAUUCGAUCCAUUUCAAAGAUGUUCUCUAGAAGCAAUUCUGAAUCAUCCAUGGGUCAAACAACAACCACUUUCCUGGGAAUUGUUGACAAAGAACAAGGUUCAGAAGAAGACAUCUAUGGAGAAAUCUGAUGAUCACAUCAGUGAAACUCUUGGAGAACAAUCGGAAACCGAAGAGGAAAGAAGUCACCCAACUACAGUAUCCACAUCGAAACAACCUGGUACUUCAGACGAAGGAGUUGGGUUAUCAGCCAGCUCUUCACAUACGCCGCCGAAAAAGCAGCACAAAGAGCAUCGCAUGGCGAAGACCUCCCUCCUGGCUCCGCCCACUUCUGUUGAAAUGAAGGCAGCGGUUCAAGCAUCAAAAACUCCCACACAAUUCAAUGUUCAUACAGCAUUAAAAAAUCAACGACAGAUCAAGAAACAUCAGAGUCCGCAUGCAGUUAAUUCUACCGUAUUGACAGCUUUACGCCGGGCAAUGUCAAGAGAAGCACAGAAUCGAAUUAGCGGAGUCUUUUUGCAAGACUAG